AAUAAUUAAAAAAGCCAAUAUAUUUCACUUUGUACGUUUCUGUUUGAUGUUUAUGGCCGUAAAGAACUUUUGGUAUUACUGUUUAUCGAAACAAACAACCAUUUCCUUUUUAUUUGCAACCUCAAGUGAAUUCAGGUGAUUUUUAUUUCGCAUUUGGAGAAAAAAGGCCCAUUUAAAUACGAAUUCGCGCCAUUUUGGGACAAACACGUGAAAAUGGCGGACAAGGAGGAACAACAAGAUGAGCCAACUAUCGCUCAAGAUAUUGUUGUCACCAAAUAUAAAAUGGCAGGUGACAUGGCUAACGAUAUCUUAAAGCAAGUGGUGGAAAAAUGUGUAGCUGGAGCCAAAAUAGUGGAGAUCUGUGAGUUUGGGGAUAAGCUAAUGCUGGAAGAAACAGGCAAAGUAUUCAAGAAGAACAAGGAGAUGAAGAAAGGUAUUGCCUUUCCAUGCUGUCUAUCUGUCAACAACUGCAUCUGUCACUUCUCUCCUCUCAAAAGUGACCCAGACGUGGAACUGAAGGACGGGGAUUUGGUAAAAAUUGACAUGGGCGUCCACAUUGAUGGCUUCUCUGCUAUGGUAGCUCACACACUGGUCGUAGGAGCAACUGUGGAGAACAAAGUGAAGGGACGUAAAGCAGACGCCAUAUUAGCAGCAUACUGGGGAGUAGAGGCAGCACUGAGGCUAGUUAAACCAGGGGAGGAGAAUUACACAGUAACCGAAGCUAUUCAGAAAGUAGCGGAGUCAUUCAAAUGUAAGCCAAUAGAGGGCAUGCUGUCCUACCAGAUACAACAUCACAGAAUUGACGGAGACAAGGCCAUCAUCCAGAACCCAAAUGAAGCGCAAAGGAAAGAACAUGAAAAAUGUGAAUUUGAAGUCCACGAAGUGUAUGCAAUUGAUGUACUAGUGAGCACAGGAGAAGGCAAGGGGAGAGAAAUGGAUGCCAGGACCACUGUGUAUAAGAAAAAAGAUCUCAUAUAUCAGCUGAAGAUGAAGGCAUCAAGACAAUUUUUUAGUGAAGUACAGACAAAAUUUAGCAACAUGCCUUUCACUUUGAGAGCAUUUGAGGAUGAGAAGAAAGCCAAGAUGGGAGUGGUUGAGUGUGUAAAGCAUGGCCUGGUCGAGUCCUACAAUGUCCUCUUUGAUAGGGAAAAUGAAUACGUAGCCCAGUUUAAGUUCACUGUGCUGUUGAUGCCCAACGGGACCUUGAAGAUCACAGGGCUGCCGUUUGACCCAGACGUCUACGAGUCUGAGCAUCAGGUGGAGGACGAGAAGAUUAAGGCUCUUCUCUCCACCUCCGCCAACCGCAAGGCAGCUAAGAAGAAGAAAAAGAAGGCAGAGAAAGCCAUUUCAGAGGGAGCAACUGGUGCUGCUGAUGCAGCACAGGCAGCGGAAUCCUGAACCAAUAACUUCAAAUCAAGUAUCAAGUCAUCAUCACGGGGAAUAAGCGUUUCCCUAUGAUAUGGACGUAUAAUGUUGAUGAAUAUGACAGCUUCAGACUUAGAAGCAGAAUAAACAUUGGAAUUGAGCAGUACACACAGUGUUAAUACAGCAGAGCAAAGGCAGAGAUUGGUUGUAUUGGGAUGUGUUAGACACGCAUACAGAGAACCCUUAGUUGGGGACCAUCAUUUAAGUCAGGGAAAACAAGCAAUUGGCUGUGUCCUCUUUGUAUUUAAGGUGGCAGUGAUACCUGAAUUAGGAACGCAUGUCCUGGUCUUUCAGUAUGAAGUUGGUGAACAGUAUCUAUAUUUAUAUGUAAACAUAUCUGGAUAGAUAUAGAUUUGCUAUUUGUGUAGGGUAGGGAUUACCACAAGUUUUUAAUAUUUUCACUUAUGAUAAUUUGCUGCUUCAAAAAAGCAAAAUGAAGGAUGUGGAAUUAGGUCUUGAAUAUGAUUAAUUUAAUUAUUCAUAAUUUUGAAUGUGAGAUUUUUUUUCCUCCUCCUUAAUUUUAUUUGAGGCUCUUCAGAGAUGAUGUCAAAAUGGAGAAUGGAAAAGUGGAAAUAGUAGACUGGAAUUUUUAGUUCUAAGGAAAUUAAAAUUUAAAGAAAAAUGGUUGAUCUGGAGAGAAAAUGUUAUCCAGAAUGUAAAUUUUG